AUGGACAAUGCAAGGAUGAACUCCUUUCUAGACUAUUCUAUCAUUAGCGGAGAAACUGGGACUUGUUCUUCCAGAAGUUACCAUGCAGAGCAAGGAAUUACAACUUAUCAGUCUUGUGCCGUUGGCAAUAAUAACAGCAACGUUGAUGACCGCUAUAUCGUGAGCAGAGGUGUGCAGAUAGGUGCUCCUCUUCAUCAUCACCACCACCAACAUGCUAGCUACACGCACAACAACCUGGGCAUCCCCUACAGUGCCCACCCUAACUGUGGGACAGGAUACCCAGCACAGAGCUUUAACACGGGCUAUAGUCAUCACUACUCACUGAAUCAAGAGACUGACGGCAACGGAGGUUAUCCUCAAUGCAAUCCUGCUGUCUAUCCGGGAAACCUUGCCUCAGCAAUUAGCCCACAGCACCAUGGCUAUGGCGGGAUGGUGGGACCAGGCCAAUAUGCCCAUCACCCUUACAGGCAAGAACAGCAGAGUUUAGUGCUCGCUGCAGGCUGUCACCCGAUGUCACCCGUUCCUGGCAAUCACCAGGAGGCUUGCUGCUCCCCGACAGCUGAAACUUCUCCUCCAGCACAGACCUUUGAGUGGAUGAAAGUGAAGAGGAAUCCGCCAAAGACAGGAAAGGCUGGCGAGUACGGUUUUGCCGGUCAGCCCAAUACCGUGAGAACCAAUUUCACCACCAAGCAACUGACAGAGCUAGAAAAGGAGUUCCACUUCAACAAGUACUUGACCCGGGCCAGGCGGGUGGAAAUCGCUGCUGCCCUCCAGCUUAACGAAACCCAGGUCAAAAUUUGGUUCCAGAAUCGACGCAUGAAACAGAAAAAGCGGGAAAAGGAGGGUCUUACCUCAGCUUCUCCGGCCACGCCUGGGAGUGAAGCAAAUACAGAAGACACCUCAGACAAAUCCAGCUCUACCUCAUCGACUCCCUCCCCUUCAUCAUCUACCUCAGAAACUCUUAAUACUUCAGGCUGA